AUGUCUUCAACGCCAACCUCGGCCUCUAGUAGUGCUGCCACCACAACUGCUAGUAGCAGCGGAGAGGGCUCGGGCUCGAAUAAUGCUACAAGCUCACCAUUAUUGUUCUUCGUCGCUUUAGGGUUCGGUGUUGUGUUCACAAAUCUAUGGAUCAUUGUUGGAGUUAAAUACUGCUUUCGAUAUAACCAACGAAACCGUCAGCUCCGCAGCGAGGAAGUAGGAGAGCCCAUAGACUUAGUCGCCAUGCCACGUGCUCAUCGCAGGAGAAGGGAGAAGAAGCUAAUGACGAUGGAUGAAGUCAAUGGGCGGUUCCCACUUGUCAAGUACAAAGUGUGGAGAUCAUCUCGUGCCAACCAAGGUCUUUCAACAGAAGGAGGUAUCACAACCCCGAAUAGCAGGCCACAGAGCCUCAAGGGUGAAAGUGGUAUCGUGACAACAGCGGUCGGGGUUCACACAGCAGCAAUACCAUCCUCCAAGGGCCAUGAACGUGUGGAUUCCAAUGAUACAUCAGAAACCCAUAUUCAAGAACUGCAUGAUGAUCCUCCGGCGCAGACUUUGGAGCAGAAGAGUCCCACAGUAUCCAGGAUGUCUUCUACUCAGCAAUGCACUGAUGCAGGUAUCCAGAAAGAGAAAUGGCAACAUUCUUUGACCAAUGAAAACAUGAACAUUGAUCUUGACGACCAUGAUGGUGAUGCCUACAUUCGUAACGCUGUUCCCGCUGAUCUUCUGCCCAACCCUGGCGAUUCUUGCGCGAUUUGCCUAGAUAUCAUCGAGGACGAUGAUGAUAUUCGGGGACUUAUAUGUGGACAUGCUUUCCAUGCCUCAUGCGUCGAUCCCUGGCUGACUAGCAGAAGGGCAUGUUGCCCGCUGUGUAAGGCCGAUUACUAUGUCCCUAAACCCCGUGCACAGACCGAAGCACAGUCCACCACAGACCGCCAGGGUCGUCGUACGGACGCGACUGGCGUGGAUGAAAUUCUCAGACCUCCUCGAGUUGCUUGGAAUAGUGGCAGGGGAAAUGGAUGGGUUCAAAUGGGCUUCCCUAGCCGGAUAUUUCAACCUACAUCCCAAGAGGAAAGAGAAACCCCAGUGCGAGAACAGCAUGUGCGGAAUGGGCGCGAUCAGCCUUGGGACUCGGUCCAUGCCUCGCAUCCCCCGGGUCAAUCUACCUGGUCUCGAUUGAUUCCCAAUCGGCUCCGCCACCUUCCCUUCCAUUCUUCGCCAAGAAGAUUGCGCACACCACCUGAAGUUGGGACAUCGUCUGUGGAUCCUCUGCCUUCAGAAGGACGCACACCUCGUCAAGUCGAAGCUGGUACCACAUGA